AUGGGGUGGCGAAGGGUUUGGUUCUGUGUCCUUGCAUUGUCUGUUGCCAGUGUCAUUGAUGUUCAAGCCAGACUGGUACGCAACCAUGUCAGCAGCAUCUGCAGCACAUGGGGCAGAGAGCACUUCAAAACGUUCGACAGUGAUGUUUACCAGUUCCCUGGUAUGUGUGAGUACAACCUGGUCUCCGACUGCCACGAGUCCUACCAAGAGUUCUCUGUGCACCUGAAGAGAAAAGACAAUGAUGGAAACCCUACAGUCAGCCAUGUGGUGGUCACCAUCAAUGAACUCCUCUUCUACCUCACCAAAGACAUGGUCACUGUGAAUGACAACCCUAUCAAACUGCCAUACUACAGUGCAGGGGUACAAGUGGAAAGAAAUGCUGUGUACUUUAAGCUCCAAUGGGUACAAGUGGAAAGAAAUGCUGUGUACUUUAAGCUCCAAUCUAAAGUCGGCAUCACCGUCGUGUGGAACGGAGAUGAUGCAGUCAUGGUGGAACUGGAUACCGAUUAUGCAAAUCGUACUUGUGGACUUUGUGGAGACUUCAAUGGUGUUUCUGUCCAGAAUGAGUUCAUUCAUAAGGGUCGCAAAAUCAGCCCAAUUGAAUUUGGCAACCAACACAAAGUCCAUCGUCCAAACGAUGAUUGUGAGGACCCCUACGAAGAGGAGGAAGAAUCACCAGAGGCUGCGCUGGAUUCAUGCAAGGAGUUUAAAACCACCUGUAGCAAGAUGCUGCGUUCAGAGCCCUGGAGCUCCUGCACCAGGCUGAUUGACCCUGAACCUUACAUCCAGGCCUGUGUGCAGGACAUGUGUGGCUGCAGCAACCGUACAAAUGACUUCUGUGUCUGCAGCACGCUGUCUGAGUUCUCUCGGCAGUGUUCCCAUGCAGGAGGGCAGCCUCCCAACUGGAGGACACCUCAGUUCUGUGCUAAACAGUGCCCAUUCAACAUGGUUUAUGAAGAGAGCGGUUUCCCUUGCAUGGAUACAUGCUCACUUCUGGACACAAGCUCACUGUGUGAGGACCACAAAAUGGAUGGCUGCUUUUGUCCCACUGGAACUGUGUUUGAUGAUAUUUCCAUGAGAGGGUGCAUUGCUCAAUCUGAAUGUCAGUGCAAGCACAAGAAAAUCUACAACGCCGGAGAGGUUUACCGACAGGACAGAGAGGAAUGUACAUGUGUCAUGGGUAGAUGGGCUUGUAAGAACCUUCAACCACCUGCUACAUGUGCAGUUGAAGAGGGUUCACAUGUCACUACCUUUGACGGGAAAACCUACAACUUCCAUGGAGACUGUUACUACACCCUGGCCAAAGUGGAAAGCAAGGAUAGUGCAAGUCCCAAGUUUACCAUCCUGGCUCAGCUGGUGCCAUGUGCAAAUCAUGAGUUUGACACUUGUCUGAAGAGCAUUAAAAUCCUGCUGAACAAUGACAGAAACAAUGUGUUAAUGUUCACGUCUGACGGCACAGUGAAGCAGAACAUGCAGACCAUCAGUUUGCCGUACCACUCAGGUGACAUCAACAUAUUCCACGCUUCAUCCUUUCACAUCAUGCUCCAGACUCAUUUCGGUCUGCAAAUUCAGAUCCAGCAUGUUCCCAUCAUGCAAGUCUACAUCAGCCUGGAACACAGCUACAAAGCAAAAACACGUGGCUUAUGUGGGAACUACAACAUGGUCCUGUCUGAUGAACUGAAAACUCCUCAGGGGAUCGUGGAGGGAACAGCAGCAACUUUUAUUAACUCCUGGAAGGCUAACCUCAUGUGCCAAGACAGACCGGAACGACUUGAGGACCCCUGUUCUCUCAGUGUGGAAAAUGAGUGGUACGCCAGACACUGGUGCGCCUUGCUGCUGAGUCAAGACGGCAACUUUGCGCAGUGCCAUUCAGCGGUGAAUCCUGAGCGGUACCACAAGCGAUGUCUGUAUGCUAGCUGUAACUGUGAGAAGAGUGAGGAUUGCCUGUGUGCCAUCUUCUCCUCCUACGCUCGGGCUUGUGCAUCAAAGGGAGUGUUCCUGACAGACUGGAGAGGGAACGCGUGCGAUAAAUACACAAGGAGCUGCCCAGCAUCUCAGAUCUUCUCUUACCAGCAUCAGAGAUGCCAGCUGACUUGCAGAUCACUGGGCACAAUGCAGCAAAGUUGCACUUCUGACUUCUUGCCUGUGGAUGGCUGCUCCUGCGCUGAGGGUCUCUACCUGAACGAAAAGGGUGACUGCGUUCCCAUGGCACAAUGUCCCUGCUACCAUAAUGAAGCCUACAUCAAGUCUGGAAAGUCCAUCAACAUUAAAGACGAGCACUGUGUGUGUACUAAUGGAAAACUUCACUGCCAUUCUUGGAGAACCAGCUCAUCAAUGUGCACUUCUCCAAAAGUGUUCUUCAACUGCUCUGCUGUGGCAGAAGGAGAGCUUGGACUGCAGUGUGCUCGAACUUGUUUAAAUCUGAACAGCGAUGAUUGUGACUCCACAGAGUGUGAAUCUGGCUGUCGUUGUCCAAAUGGCCUCCUUGAUGAUGGCAAAGGUUCCUGCGUGAAAGAAAAUCAAUGUCCAUGUCAGCACAAUCGGCAUAUUUAUGCCUCUGGAUCACAAAUCUCUAAACAGUGCAACAAGUGCACCUGCAACAGUGGAAGCUGGGGGUGCACUAAAAAAGACUGUCCAGGAACCUGCACUAUGUAUGGGAGUGGUCACUACAGUACAUUUGAUGAGCAGACAUAUGGGUUUCAUGGAGAGUGUGCCUAUGUUGCUGUUAAGAGCAAUUGUGGCGAUAAAACAGAACAGCAGCACUUUGGAGUUAUCACAGAAAAUGUACCAUGUGGAACUACAGGCACUACAUGCUCCAAAACUGUCCGAAUCCAACUAGGGCGAAUGGAAAUCAAACUUUCAAAGGGCACAUAUGAAGAGGUGGAACUGGGACGUGGCAUUGAGAUUCAGUACCGAAUAAGGAAGGUUGGCAUGUAUUGGGUGAUAGAAUCUGGCAUUGGUCUGGCAGUGAUGUGGGAUGGCAAAACUACUGUUCGCAUCAUCCUGGAACCAGAGCACAAAGGACAGGUGUGUGGCCUGUGUGGCAAUUUUGACGGUGACGGACAGAACGACUUCACCACCCAGGGUCAGCUGGUCGUGAGCAAUCCUUUAGAAUUUGCAAACAGCUGGAAAGUGUCGCGUGACUGCCCAGAUGUGGAUAUGAAUGCUGACCCCUGUGGAGCAAGACCCAAUCGCCAUUACUGGGCAAAAACGAUGUGCAACAUUAUAAUGGGAGAAACGUUCCACCAGUGCCACUCUAAGGUAGAUCCCCAUCCAUUUUAUGACAACUGUGUGACAGACUCAUGUGCCUGUGACUCUGGAGGAGACUGCGAGUGUUUCUGUUCUGCAGUCGCAGCUUAUGCUCAAGCUUGUAAUGAGGCUUCUGUCUGCGUUGCAUGGAGAACUCCAGAAAUCUGUCCUGUCUUUUGUGAUUACUACAACGGCCCAGGUGAAUGCAAGUGGCACUACCAUCCUUGCCACAAACCUUGCUACAAGACCUGUUUAAAUCCAAAUGGCACUUGUACUGAACCUUUACCCAAACUGGAAGGCUGUUACCCUGUAUGCCCAGACGAUAAGCCCAUAUUCGAUGAGGAGACUGGGUUGUGUGUGGAGGUAUGUCCAGGCUGCUUUUACAACGGCACUAGAUACAAAGAAGGUGACAAAAUUUACGAUGUGACCGACAACAUGGGAAAGUGCUACUAUGCAAUAUGCAAGAAUGCAACAGUGAUACAUGGAGAUUACAUUUGCACAACACCAAUACCAACAACUACACCCUCUACUACAACUGAAACACCUACUACAACAACUACACCCACUACUACAACUGAAACACCAACCACAACAACUACACCCACUACUACAACUGAAACACCAACCACAACAACUACACCCACUACUACAACUGAAACACCAACCACAACAACUACACCCACUACUACAACUGAAACACCAACCACAACAACUACACCCACUACUACAACUGAAACACCAACCACAACAACUACACCCACUACUACAACUGAAACACCAACCACAACAACUACACCCACUACUACAACUGAAACACCAACCACAACAACUACACCCACUACUACAACUGAAACACCAACCACAACAACUACACCCACUACUACAACUGAAACACCAACCACAACAACUACACCCACUACUACAACUGAAACACCAACCACAACAACUACACCCACUACUACAACUGAAACACCAACCACAACAACUACACCCACUACUACAACUGAAACACCAACCACAACAACUACACCCACUACUACAACUGAAACACCAACCACAACAACUACACCCACUACUACAACUGAAACACCAACCACAACAACUACACCCACUACUACAACUGAAACACCAACCACAACAACUACACCAACUACUACAACUGAAACACCAACCACAACAACUACACCCACUACCACAACUGUAACACCAACCACAACAACUACUACAACUGAAACACCAACCACAACUACUACACCCACUACUACAACUGAGACACCAACUACAACUACACCCACUACUACAACUGAAACACCAACCACAACAACUACACCAACUACUACAACUGAAACACCAACCACAACAACUACACCCACUACCACAACUGUAACACCAACCACAACAACUACUACAACUGAAACACCAACCACAACUACUACACCCACUACUACAACUGAGACACCAACUACAACUACACCCACUACCACAACUGAAACGCCAACCACAACUCCAACUGAAACACCAACCACAACAACUACACCUACUACUACAACUGAAACGCCAACCACAACAACUACACCUCCUACUACAACUGAAACGCCAACCACAACAACUACACCUACUACUACUACAACUGAAACGCCAACUACAACAACUACACCUACCACUACAACUGAAACCCCAACCACUACAGAAUGCUUGUGUAUAUUUAACGACGAGCAUUAUAAGCCAGGGGAUGUAAUUUUCGACAUGAAACACAUAGGAUCAGGUAUAUGUCUCACAAUGAUAUGUUCUGAUAUUUGUGAGCUUCACAACAAGACUGCACCUUGCCCAAACACGACCACAGUUACACCCACACCCACAACUCCUAAACCACCCACCUGCCCUCCAUGGGCUGUUGCACAAAAUGAGACCUUCUUGUUUUGCAACUGCACCAUGGCCAGAUGCAUUGAGAACAAUACAGUUGAAAUAAUUCCAUAUGAAUGUCCACCUCUUCAGAACAUCACUUGUACCAACGGAAACGAGCCAGUUCUUGUGUAUGACAACUGGGGCUGCUGCCAACAUUACGCUUGUGAUUGUGUGUGUGAAGGCUGGGGAGAUCCUCAUUACAUCACAUUUGAUGGACGCUACUACAGUUAUCAAGGAAACUGUACUUAUGUCUUGAUGGAAGAGACUUCACCAAGAUUUAACCUGGUCAUUUAUAUUGACAAUGUCUAUUGUGAUCCCACCGAAGAUGUGUCGUGUCCGCGAUCAAUAAUUAUAUCGUACUCUGAAGCAGCGGCCGCUAUGAAGCAUUCUUGCUCCUGCUGUAGGGAGACACGCUCCAGCAAUCGCACAGUCAACUUGCACUGCCUGAAUGGAGAUGUGGUUCCCUACACGUAUAUCCACGUGGAGGACUGUGGUUGCAGCCACACAGACUGCACUAGACCUGCUGCAAAACCUGCUCGCAGGAGGCGAAGUUCCACACUGGUGUAA